AUGGCUCCCGCCGUCAACGGUGUCAAUGGCACCAAACCCUUGGCCAACGGCACCCCCAGCUCGUGGCAAGCAAAGCAUAGUGUGGCAGAUCACUUCAUUGGAGGGAACAGACUAGGGAAGGCUCCUCCGAGCAAGGUCAAGGACUUCGUUCAGGAGCACGAUGGGCACACUGUCAUUACCUCAGUGCUCAUUGCAAACAACGGUAUUGCAGCAGUCAAGGAAAUCCGCUCCGUACGGAAAUGGGCCUACGAGAUGUUCGGCGACGAGCGGGCCAUCCAGUUCACUGUGAUGGCCACGCCAGAAGAUUUACAGGCAAAUGCGGACUACAUUCGUAUGGCUGAUCAAUACGUCGAGGUGCCCGGAGGUACAAAUAACAACAAUUAUGCCAAUGUCGAGCUGAUUGUUGAUAUCGCCGAACGGAUGAACGUCCACGCCGUCUGGGCCGGCUGGGGUCACGCCUCAGAAAAUCCCAAAUUACCCGAAUCCCUGGCGGCCUCACCCAAGAAGAUUGUGUUUAUUGGCCCUCCAGGGUCGGCAAUGCGAUCUCUGGGUGACAAAAUUUCUUCCACAAUCGUCGCACAGCACGCAAAGGUGCCCUGCAUCCCCUGGUCAGGAGAGGGCGUUGAUGAGGUAGAAAUCGACAAAGACGGUAUCGUGACCGUCAAGGAUGAUGUCUACGAGAAAGGCUGCGUACACUCUGCAGAAGAAGGUCUGGCAGCCGCCAGGAAGAUUGGUUUCCCCGUGAUGGUCAAGGCGUCCGAAGGUGGUGGUGGCAAAGGAAUUCGAAAAGUCGAAGACGAGUCGCAGUUCGUGGAGCUCUACAACGCCGCCGCUAAUGAAAUUCCGGGAUCUCCCAUCUUUAUCAUGAAGCUGGCAGGAAAUGCCCGUCACUUGGAAGUGCAGUUGCUGGCUGACCAGUAUGGCAACAACAUCUCCAUCUUUGGCAGAGAUUGCUCCGUUCAGCGAAGACAUCAGAAGAUCAUCGAAGAGGCUCCCGUUACCAUUGCUAGCCAAGACACUUUCCGUAAUAUGGAGGCUGCAGCCGUCCGCCUCGGUGAGUUGGUCGGCUACGUCUCUGCCGGUACGGUGGAAUACCUCUAUUCACAUGCAGACGACAAAUUCUACUUCCUGGAGCUGAAUCCCCGUCUCCAAGUCGAGCACCCUACAACUGAAAUGGUCAGCGGCGUCAAUCUACCUGCUGCUCAGCUGCAAGUUGCUAUGGGUCUCCCGCUACACCGCAUCCGUGACAUUCGCUUGUUGUACGGAGUCGACCCUCACACGGCGACGGAAAUCGAUUUCCAUUUCAAGAAUGAAGCCAGCUUGAAGACCCAACGACGACCCCGUCCGAAGGGUCACUGCACAGCUUGCCGUAUCACCUCGGAAGAUCCGGGUGAGGGCUUCAAGCCGUCGAGCGGUACUAUGCACGACCUCAACUUCCGUUCAAGCUCGAACGUCUGGGGUUAUUUCUCCGUCUCCUCAAACUCUAGUAUUCACAGUUUCUCCGAUAGCCAGUUCGGGCAUAUUUUCGCCUACGGUGAGAACCGAUCUGCUUCCCGCAAACAUAUGGUUGUCGCUCUGAAGGAACUGAGUAUCCGAGGAGACUUCAGAACUACCAUUGAAUAUCUCAUCAAGCUGCUGGAAACUCCCGCUUUUGAGGACAAUACUAUUACCACUGGAUGGCUCGAUCAACUCAUUUCCAACAAAUUGACAGCCGAGCGACCUGACCAAAUGCUCGCCGUUCUCGCUGGCGCCGUGACCAAAGCUCACAUUGCCAGUGAGUCAUGCAUCGCUGAGUAUCGCAGAGGACUCGAGAAGGGUCAAGUGCCCGCCAAAGACGUCCUCAAGACAGUCUUCCCAGUUGAUUUCAUCUAUGAGGGUCAUCGAUACAAAUUCACCGUCACAAGAUCCAGUCUCGAUAGCUAUCACAUUUUCAUCAACGGGUCAAAGUGCUCCGUUGGCAUCCGCACUCUCGCAGAUGGUGGCCUGUUGAUGCUGGUUGCCGGUCGAUCUCACAGUCUCUAUUGGAAAGAAGAACCUACGGCCAUCCGCCUGAGCGUUGACAGCAAGACUUGCUUGUUGGAACAAGAGAAUGACCCCACGCAGCUCCGAACUCCGUCCCCCGGAAAGCUGGUCAAAUUUACCGUCGAAAACGGUGAACACGUCAAGGCCGGCCAGGCAUAUGCAGAGGUCGAGGUCAUGAAGAUGUACAUGCCUCUCAUUGCUCAGGAGGAUGGUGUUGUGCAAUUCAUCAAACAGCCAGGAGCUACUCUGGAAGGUGGUGAUAUCCUGGGUAUACUGGCUUUGGAUGAUCCCUCUCGGGUCAAGACCGCGGAGACAUUCACUGGCCAAUUACCAAACCUUGGACCCCCUCAGGUCGUGGGUAACAAGCCUCCUCAACGAUUUGCUCUCCUCCAUGGUAUCCUCCAGAAUAUCCUGAUGGGCUUCGACAACCAGGUCAUCAUGGCCUCGACACUCAAGGAGUUGGUGCAGGUAUUGAGGGAGCCCGAGUUGCCAUAUGGUGAAUGGGCUGCUAGAUCGUCUGCUCUGCAUUCGAGAACUCCGCAGAAGCUGGACGCUCAGCUUGAGCAAAUUGUUGAGCGAGCACAUUCUCGCCAAGCUGAGUUUCCGGCGAAGCAACUUCAAAAGGCCAUCAACCGCUACAUUGAGGAGAACAUGUCCACAAACGACGGAGCCGCGCUUCACUCCACUUUGCAACCUCUUGAGGAUGUUUGUGCAAGAUACGCUGAUGGCUUGAAGAUCCACGAAUACAACGUCUUCAUCGGGCUCCUCGAUCAGUAUUACCAAGUUGAGAAACUCUUUGCUUCUGGCACCGCUAGAGAUGAAGACGUGAUCUUGAAACUGCGGGAACAGAAUAAAGAUGAUCUCAUCUCAGUGGUUUGGACUGUCUUGUCCCACACCCGCGUGUCUGCCAAGAACAAUUUGAUCAUCGCCAUUUUGGAUCUUUACAGACCGAAUCAACCAAACGUUGGAAACGUUGGCAAAUACUUCAGACCAGCUCUGCGCCGACUCACCGAGCUUGAAUCACGUGCAACUGCGAAGGUUGCGCUCAAGGCUCGCGAGCUGCUCAUUCUCUGCGCCUUGCCUUCUCUGGAGGAGAGAGCGUCUCAGAUGGAGCAUAUCCUCAAAUCUUCCGUGGUUGAAUCCAAGUAUGGAGAGACCGGCUGGGAGCAUCGCGAGCCGGACCUUGACGUGUUGAGGGAAGUAGUGGACUCUCGUUACACCGUAUUUGAUGUGUUGCCCCUCUUCUUCGCUCAUCAUGAUCCAUGGGUUGGUCUCGCCGCUCUCGAAGUGUACGUGCGACGUGCCUACCGUGCCUAUACCGUCAAGGAAGUCGAGUAUCACAACGACGUUGAGCCGCCGUUUUACCUCUCAUGGGACUUUGUCCUUCGCAAAGUGGGACAAUCAGAGUUCGGGCUGCCACUAGCAUCUUCAUACCCAUCAGGACAGGCAACUCCUUCCCAGAACGGCAAUCAGUUCAAACGUAUUGCAUCCGUCAGUGACUUAUCAUACCUCAACAAGCUGCAAGGAGACGACGAGCCUUCGCGCAAGGGUGUCAUUGCCCCUUGCCACUAUCUGGAUGAGGUUGAUGAAUGUCUCGCUCGCGCCCUCGAGGCGUUCCCCAAAGGGGCUCCAGAGAAGCGCCCUACUACGCAACAUCUUAUGCCGACCCUCGACAGCCAGAGAAGGCCACAAAAGCAGGAGACGCUUGAAGACGAUUUGACCAACGUCUGCAACAUUGCCAUCCGCGACAUUGAAAACCUGACCGACGAAGAGAUUCUGAAUCGUGCACAAAGCUUGAUCGAGGAGUACAAGUCGGAAUUGUUGGCUCGCAAGGUCCGUCGUAUCACCUUCAUCUGUGGCCACAAAGAAGGUACCUACCCUGGAUACUUCACCUUCCGUGGGCCGACGUACGAGGAAGACCUUAGCAUUCGUCACAAUGAACCUGCCCUCGCUUUCCAGCUUGAACUUGGAAGAUUGUCCAAGUUCAAGAUUAAACCGGUCUUUACCGAAAACAGAAAUAUCCACAUUUACGAGGCCAUUGGCAAGGGCGACGACAGGGACAAGGUCGUUGAUAAGCGUUACUUCACCCGUGCUGUGGUUCGACCGGGACGUCUCAAGGAUGAGAUCCCUACCGCUGAGUACCUUAUCUCAGAGACUGAUCGAUUGGUCAACGACAUCUGCGACGCUCUUGAGAUCAUCGGCAACAACAACUCUGAUUUGAACCACAUCUUUAUCAACUUCACUCCGGUGUUCAAUUUGCAACCUAGAGACGUGGAGGAGCAAGUUGCUGGCUUCUUGGAGCGCUUCUCUCGCAGAUUCCUCCGCCUUCGAGUAACUGGCGCUGAGAUCAGAAUCCUUUGCACAGACCCCGAGAGUGGAUUGCCAUAUCCUUUGCGCGUCAUCAUCACGAACACUUCUGGGUAUGUCGUCAAAGUAGAGACAUAUGUCGAAAAGAAGGCGCGCAAUGGCGAGUGGGUAUUCGAGAGCAUCGGUGGCACUACCAAGAUUGGUGCCAUGCAUCUGCGCCCUGUUUCCACACCUUACCCUACCAAGGAGUGGCUGCAGCCGAAACGUUACAAGGCUCACCUUAUGGGCACUCAGUAUGUGUACGAUUUCCCUGAGCUAUUCAGACAGGCCAUCUACAACUGCUGGAACAAGGCCGUCGCGAAACAUGCUCCGCUGGCUGAGUCCAAACCGGAGAUUGCGACUUGCCUUGAGUAUAACGAGCUGAUCCUCGAUGAUGGUGAUAAUGUCACCGAGGUGUCCCGUGAAGCGGGUACUAAUACUUGCGGUAUGGUCGCUUGGAUUUUGACCGCCAAAACUCCAGAAUACCCAAGAGGCAGAAGAUUCAUCAUCAUUGCCAACGAUAUCACCUACCAGAUCGGCUCUUUCGGCCCUGUGGAGGACAAGUUUUUCAACAAGUGCACAGAAUACGCCCGAAAACUUGGUAUUCCCCGUAUCUAUCUUUCUGCCAACUCUGGUGCCCGUAUUGGUAUGGCCGAGGAACUUAUUCCUCACUUCUCCGUUGCGUGGAACGACGAGUCGAACCCAAGCUCGGGCUUCAAGUAUCUUUACCUGACUCCUGAGAAGAGGGAGUUGCUGAGCAAGACUGACAUCAUCACCGAGAAGGUCGUCGAGGAUGGCGAGGAGCGACACAAGAUCACGACCAUUGUUGGUGCCAAGGACGGACUGGGCGUGGAAUGCUUGCGUGGCUCUGGUCUCAUUGCUGGGGCUACAUCUAGGGCUUAUGAGGACAUCUUUACCUUGACUCUUGUCACCUGUCGCUCCGUCGGUAUCGGUGCUUACCUUGUCCGUCUUGGUCAACGUGCUAUUCAGAUCGAAGGUCAGCCAAUUAUCCUGACUGGUGCCCCUGCCCUCAACAAGGUGCUGGGCAAGGAAGUUUACACUUCAAACUUGCAGCUCGGUGGUACCCAAAUCAUGUACAAGAACGGUGUUUCCCACAUGACUGCCAGUGAUGACUUCCAAGGUGUCGAGAAGAUUGUGGAAUGGCUGUCCUUUGUCCCCGACAAGAAGGGCCAACCGGUUCCAGUUAGCCCGCCGUCAGACCCCUGGGAUCGCGACAUCACGUUCUACCCACCGAAGGGACCUUACGAUGUGAGGCACCUCAUCGGGGGCAAGGAGGAUGAGGAAGGUUUCCUGUCUGGUCUUUUCGACAAGGACUCCUUCCAAGAAGCUCUAGGUGGCUGGGCCAGAACCGUGGUUGUGGGUCGUGCUCGACUGGGUGGCAUCCCCAUGGGUGUGAUCGCAGUUGAGACCCGCACUGUCGAGAACGUCACGCCCGCCGACCCUGCAAAUGCUGACUCUAUGGAGCAAAUUGUGCAAGAGGCCGGAGGCGUGUGGUUCCCCAACUCCGCCUUCAAGACCGCACAAGCCCUGAGAGACUUCAACUUCGGGGAGCAACUCCCAUGUAUGAUCCUCGCCAACUGGCGGGGUUUCUCUGGAGGUCAGCGAGACAUGUACAACGAGGUGCUCAAAUAUGGUUCGUACAUCGUCGAUGCCCUCGUCAAGUACGAGCAGCCGGUCUUCGUCUACAUUCCUCCUUUCGGUGAGCUCCGUGGUGGUUCAUGGGUCGUUGUUGACCCAACCAUCAACCCUGAACAGAUGGAGAUGUAUGCGGACAUCGAGUCGCGUGGUGGUGUCUUGGAGCCAGAGGGUAUUGUUGGCAUCAAAUACCGAAAAGAAAGACAGCUGGAGACCAUGGCCCGCUUGGAUCCCACAUACGCCGGGCUUAAGGCUCAGUCUCUCGCCAAAAACUUGAGUGCUGAGCAACUCAACGCUAUCAAGGCCAAGAUGACUGAGCGUGAGCAACUCCUUGGACCGAUUUACCUGCAAAUUGCCCUUCAAUUCGCCGAUCUGCACGACCGUGCGGGACGUAUGCAGGCCAAGGGAACAAUCCGGAUGCCUUUGGAAUGGAAGAAUGCCAGACGUUUCUUCUACUGGCGUCUUCGAAGGAGACUGUCUGAGGAGGUCCUUCUCAAGAAAAUCAACAGCAGCUUGGCUGCAGGCCAGGCUCCGGUGACCACCGCCAAUGGCAUGACACAAAGGGAGCAGAACCUAGCCACACUCAAGAACUGGUCUGGUCUGUUGGAUGCCGAGUUCGAGAAGGAUGACCGCAAGGUGGCUGAAUGGUAUGAGAGCCACAGGAAGGAGGUGUAUGCCAAGAUUGACGCCGUCAAGACAGAGGCGGUCAGCAAACGAGUCGCCGAGUUAUUGAUGGGUAACAAGGAAGGUGGAUUGAAGGGUGUCCGUGAAGUAUUGAGCCUUGUGCCCACGAGUGAGCGGGAGCAGUUGGUCAAAUACUUGACCGGUGCAUAA